GCACAGCAUACUGUCACUUUAUCGUCGUGAGGACUACAGCCACGAUGGGAGUUUUGAUACUCAAUCAAGACAAGUUUUCAGAGCUCUCAUCACCGGAAACUUCUCUCUAAAGGAAGAAAGCAGUCGGUGUCGCGUGCUCACGGCUUGAUCUCGCAUGAUUUACAUGCAGGAUGUCAGUGUUGCUGAAAAGCCGGUAAGAUAGUGCAAAGUGAGUUUGCUUAUGAGAGCUGCCUAUUCAGCACCACACAAAGGGGAUCUACUGAGUUCAGUGGUCUGCUGUCAUUGGGUUUGAAUGUCAUAAAGAAUUUCUACUCUUAAAACGAAAUGGAUCACUUCGCAGCAGAGUGCCUUGUGUCAAUGUCCAGCCAAGCAAUUGUCCACGGUCCAAAAGGGAAUAGAGAGAUCAAGCCCGAAACUGCGUCUGCACAGAGGAAUGGAGAAGAAACCAGGGAGCCUUUGAAAGACAACUCAUCUCUUUUUGUGGUGGCGAGAAUUCUGGCGGAUUUUAAUCAACAGACCCCCACCAAUUUUGCCGAGCAGGCAAAAGUAAAAGAGGAGAGCACGCCACCAACAGCAACCCCGACCAGAGAUGAUGGGAACUCUGCCACACCUACCACCAUCACCGGCGACCCUGCUCUUAAACAAAGAAACAAACGAUUUAGGGGGCGAAUUGAACAAGAACCCCCACAGAAAAAGCACAAAUGCCACUAUUCAGGUUGUGAAAAAGUUUAUGGCAAAUCGUCCCAUCUCAAAGCCCACCUAAGGACACAUACAGGAGAACGCCCCUUUCCUUGCACCUGGCCCGACUGCAGUAAGAAGUUUGCUCGCUCUGAUGAGCUGGCACGGCACUAUCGCACCCACACGGGCGAGAAGAAGUUCGGCUGCCCCCUCUGUGACAAGCGAUUCAUGCGGAGCGACCACCUGAUGAAACAUGCACGCCGUCACUCCGACUUCCAGCCGGCCAUGCUGAAGAGGCAGCAUGGUGGUGGCAACGCCACCGUUUCGGGCAGCAUGCGUCCCGGCUCCCUCAGCGAUUACAGUCGAUCCGAUGCCUCAAGCCCCACCCUUAGCCCCGCCCUCAGCCCAGCCAACUCGCCUUAACCUGGCCGCACUUUCUGCCCACAGCGCCUGGGUCUCCAGGCUGAUUUUUUUCUUCUCUAUCCAUUGUUUUUCUUUCCCCCAAAAAAUAACCGGCGUAAUAAGCGCCCAUGCUAAACCCCGUCGCUUGCUGUGGUGUACUGUACUGUACAUAACUGCUUCUUGUAGUGCAAUUUUCUUGUGCAACCCCUAAAAGAGAAAAAAACACAAAAAAGAAAAUGCCUUUUCCACAUGGCAAUAUUUACAUGAUGUACCAUAUGUCUGUAUUUUUAUAGCUUCUGGCCACAGCCUCUUUCCAUUAUGUUUUUUUUUUUUUUGUUGCUGAUUCUUUCAUAUACAACCGCUCUGUUUAAGUGAACUAAAAAGUUGAAAGGUUUGACAGGUAAAGAUGUUUCUUUUUUAUUUAAAACGGGUGAGGGAGAGGGGCACACACACACCUCAGGAUUCAGAACAGUUUUUUUCUCCUUUAAUACUCACAUUGACUGCACAAUACAAGCAUCACUUUACUCCGAAAUUCAACAGAGGUUGAAUUUUGCGCCCUGCUCAGGGAUGGCCUCGUUAGCUUGAAAGAAUGAACAUGAUGAAGAUAAACAUACAUUAAGAAACAGCCUUACACUUGGACAAAAGGAACUUUUGCACUCUUUUUUUUUGUUUGUUGAGUUGGUUGGUUUUCACAUCAGGGGAAGCAAAUUCUGGGUUUUAACAGUCAUUCAUACUCUUUAAUGUUUGUAAAUCAGUCUUUUAAAGAGAGUGGCAGAACCUCUCAGCAGAUACGAAGGGUUGGGGGGUAAUUCUGUCUUGAGACUGGAAAUGACUUUAUUUUCAACAUCUCUAACUCCCGAUAACCCUGUACUCACAAAGAGCUGUGCUGUUUCAAAGGGAAUCCUCUCAAUAUAGCAUGAAUGUCGUGAUCAAUCCACUUUUACAUGCUUGAGCCACCCAAGGAAGAGAACAGACAGCACCACUUCUCUCAGUGGACUAAACUAAACUCCCCUUGAAAUUUUGGAGGCUGAAGUUUCAAAGCAGCUGUUUCCUCAAUAAAAACAGCACAUUCAUCAACUUCAGGGUUUUUCACUACAGUACGACACAUUCAAAGGGACUUGUCUGGAUGUACACCUACUUCAGAUAAAAAUAAAGACAAAAAGCACAUGAGCAGAAUCCACCAAAGACCAAGGUGUGAACGAGAGAACAGUUUUUUUUAUUCCACCCAGAGGAAGAUGGAAGGGAGGGAGGGAGGGAUGUUGGCAUUCUCUCAGGUAACAGCAGAAGUCCUGGCAGCAGAAGUCCAUCUGCAGAGGCCUUCCACUUAGGAAACUGCAUCAUCCUACACAGGGCUAUUCAUAGCACACUAGCCAGGGAGACGAGAGCAUUACAGUGGAGCUUUACGCACUCUGUCUCGCUCACUCUAGCUGAUGAGAAGGAGUGGGCGUAUGAGAGAGAUGGAUGGAGGGCCAAAGUAAAA